AUGUCGUCAGGAAAAGGAGGCACCAAGCGAUCUAGGAAAGCCGGCUCUGGAAGCAGACCUGCCAGCCAAGCUCGAUUGGGCGAUGAUCUGCAUCCCAAACCUCACUCAGACAGUAGUAGAGCAAGUUCGGUCGCGCGAUCGCACGCUGGUGCUACUUUAGACGAAUUUUUUGAUUUCGGCGGCGAUAAUGACUCAUCUGCUGGGUUGGGUUUCUCACCCUUGGAGGCGGGUGGCGGUGAUGGCGACAACCCGGAACUCAGCUUUGAUCUGGGCGGAGGCAAUUCUGAAUCUCACGGUGAUGCAGAAGAACCAUUGUUCUCAGAUGAUUUCUGGAGGAACAAUUCAUAUACUUCGAUUGGGCAAAACGCCACCAGCGAUACAUCUAUCGGAAUGACUGCUACAUCAACCUCCGCAUCGGGGUUACGGGAAAGCGCAGAUACUGCCUUUCUAGGUUAUACCGCGCAAGAAGAGGAAGACACACUUACUGCUAUAAGAUUAGAUGCGGACCCUCGAAGGGAGGGUGCACCCACGGAUCACCCAGUGGCUAUUAGACCGCUGGAGGAAUACGUCAAGCCUAUCACUGAUAGUAGUCAAAGAGCAGUUUUCAAACAAAUCGUCAAAUCCCAUUUAUUGUUUUACACCGAACAAGAGUUGACUUGUACUUUCAACCACAAACUAGUUGAGGAGACCGGGUGUGUCCCAAGGAAAUUCAGAAGCCAGUGUUAUGAUAGAGAGGCGAAGGAGAGAUCCAAGUUUUUCCUUGAAUAUCUCAGAGACCAUAUGGACACAGACAGAAGAACGAUGCAAUUCAGUCAGGAUAUUGCUAAUAAUACAGAUGAUGCGACUCUCCCAAAGGAAGCUGUCAUGAGAAUUAUACAAAGUACAAGGGAAACCCUUUAUCCUCACUUCAAAACGCAUCUUGCGUUCCAUGCAGCCACCAGAAUUGCCAUUAGUCAAUCUGAUCUAGAUGUAAGCAGAGAAGAACAGGAGGACAUCGAUGCUGCCAUUCGAGCUAGCUUGCAAGACUCCCGAAACGAGGCCGCCGGCGAGGGAAGUAGUACGGGUAUCCCAAGGCGAUGA